AUGGCCAAGACUCUCCGUGACUACUCCACUCCCGCUGUUGCCAACGUGCCCGUUGGGCCCGCUGUCAAUGUUGGGAAUGACAACUUCGAGAUCCGUACUGGCCUCAUCUCGAAGGUGCAGGCAAGUCAGUUCUGUGGCUUGCCAAGCGAAGAUGCCAACGCUCACCUUCAACACUUCCUUGAGUUGUGCGACACUAUCGUCAUCAAAGAUGUCGCACAAGACAGCAUCAGGCUCCGUCUGUUUCCUUUCUCCCUCACGGGAAAGGCGAAACAGUGGUUCUACCAGAACAAGGAAGCUAUAGACACCUGGAACAAGUGUUCCGCAGCAUUCCUCGCUAAGUUCUUCCCCAUGAGCAAAACCAACUGGCUAGUCCUCCAGAACUUCUACGAAGGCCUUACGGCCAUGUCAAAGGGGCACGUUGAUGCCGUAGCUAGAGGUGCCUUCCUUUCUCUCACCAUUGCCCAAGCUACCGCCCUCAUCGAGAAGAUGGUGGCGAACCAUGGAAGUUGGGGAGAAGGAAGGAAAACACAAAAAGGCUCACAGUCCGCCAAGGAGACGGAGCUGUUGGUCGCAAAAAUCGACUUGCUGUUACAGAAGAUGGACGACACUAUAAUCAAUACCAACACCGUCCAAGCCAUAGACUCACACACAUCAUGUGAAGUCUGUGGUGACAAUGGCCACUCAGGGAACAAUUGCCCUGAGACCCAAGAAGAAGCUUCAUUCGUCAACAACGGGUAUAGGCCACCUCAGCAAGGUAACAAUGGGUGGUACAUUCAGCACCGCCCACAAGGUAAUAACUUCUCAAACUCUUUUUCAAAUCAACCUUCCUUGAAAGAUCUCGUUCUGGGACAAGCUAAGAUCAAUGAGAAUCUUACCAAGAAGCUGUCCUUUAACGACAAAGUUUUUGAAAAUAUAAAUGCUAAGCUUGAAGCUCUUUCUUCGUCUGUUAAAAAUCAAGCUAGCUUUAAUAAAAUGAUAGAAACACAGAUGGCUCAGAUAGCUGCUUCUAUCCCUGUCAGCGACACGGGGAAGAUUCCGGGGCAACCCGAACGUUCCUCUGAGUUUGUUCAUGCAGCUACAGGGCAAUGA